AUGGCAGAAAACCAUAUUUUUCUGUUGGACCAGUCCUUUGAAGUUGAGAGGUCCAGACUGUCCAUUAAGGUAGAAAACUGCAACAUAGAGUACAGGCCAGUCACCGUCGAUACAGAGUCGCAGACUUUCGAUGCUGAAUUGCUAGGGAGAAUCCACGAAUUAAUUGAGGCCAAAGAACCUGUGAUUGAAACCUCUGACGUUUCAUUGCUUGCCGUAGAGCCUGUUGUUGAGAGGUGCGAUGUCGGUUUGGUGGCUUCUGAGCCGGUCAUAGAGAGGCUAGAAAAGGGCUCUCUGGCUGAGGAACCUAAGGCUGAAAAAUGCGACGUCGGUCUCGUUCCGGCGUUCCCUGACGUGACCAUGAGUGAUAAGGAAACCCUAACUGAUGAGAACAUGAAAUCGAAGCGAGAGGUUUUCACUGAGGUGACUGACGAUAUCCACUACAAUUCAAGUCCUGAGGACAACCCGCUGCUUUAUGAAGUUGACGAUGAUGGCUAUGACCUGCACGGUGGACGCCUAUCAUCAUUGUCGUCCUCUGAGUUCGAGGCUAACGAUCAGGGGUUUUCCACUUUAAGCGACGACGAUCCUCGGACAAUCUUGACUUGGAACGUCUCGGGACUCCAGAACUCAAUGUCCAAAAGGGCCGUGUGGGAGCCCUUCGUUCAAAUGCUCAAACAGCACGACCCGGACAUUGUUAUACUGCAAGACGUCAAGCUGUGCUCGUCCAAGAUUCUGGGCACUGCUCCCAGGUUAUACAUGAGGGUCUUCGGUGGCUACGUUUCCUCCUCCUAUGACCAGGAAGUCCACGACGCAGACUUGGUGAUUAAGUUGCAAAAGACGAUUUUCAAGAAAUACUAUUGCAUCCACUCACUUUCCGCCUGGAGAGUUGCAGGUCAAUUGGUUUUCAUCAAAAACGAGUUUAAGUACCUGAAGAUACGAUUUAACUUAAGCAUAAAGACCAAUGCCAAAUAUCACCACCCGGAGGGGCGUUGCAUUAUUGUUCAAUUUAAAAGUUUCUACUUGCUUUCGCUACUUUCCCCCUUGCAGGGGUGGGUUAACAGGUCUGUUGAGAUGAGGAGCCGGUGGGACAGGGAGCUUGCCAGAUUUCUCGACAAUUCCAAGAGUAACUUGCCACGUUCACUUCUUUAUCACAUCUUUAAUUCAGAGGACAAGGCUACUAUAAUUUCUGGGAACCUGAACUGUGCACCUGAGGACAUUGACCUUUCUGACCCUGAGAAGCUAAGGAUGGAGAAAUCGGUUGUUUUACACAAACAGGAUGAGGUUGGCUUUCCUGGUUCUAGGGACAUUGACAGAAUUGGCUACUACUUGAUCACCAAAGCGGGCAAUCUUACUGACGUUUAUCGACACAAGCAUCCUUACGACGGGUCUGAGGAGAGAAAGAAGAACAUUAAAUACACCACUUUAGGUACUUUUGAUAAGACUAGAUGCUUCGUUCGCACUAACCUUGUGCUCAUGUCUAAGAAUUUCCUCAAUAAUGUGAAACGUUGUGAAAUUAUUGGCAGGACUGAGGACAUGGACCCUUCUGGGUGGAGGCACUUACCACAGCUUCUUAAGUUGGAGAAAAGAGAGACGACUCUUGUAUAA